AGAGAGAGAAAGCGACUGUAAGAAGAUUUUGUUUUUGUGCAAAAUCUGUGUGUGAGUGAGUGAGUUUCUAAAUAUUUACUGAUAUCGAUAAGUGUUUGUGUGUUUUCUAUGCGCCUCUCUCUCUUUCUCUCACUCAAACUCUCAACUCUCUGUGUUUAUAUAUGAGGAUGCGUGAAGUGAGCAAAACCCCCCAAUCCCCAAUCCCCAAUCAAUUCACGUAUAUCUCUCUGUCUCUGUCUCUCUCUCUUCUGCAAGCCAUGCUUGUUGCUCAGUAGAAUAAGAUCAUCAUCAUCACCAUCCAUCAUCAUGAUAAGAUAGCCUUUCAUCUCUUUUCACUAUUAAUUUCUCUCAUCUCAGAUUCUCACCCCACCCCUUAAUUAAUUAGCUACACCCUCGCAACGCUCUCUCUCUCUCUCUCUUUGUAAAAGAGCUAUCUAUAGCUUACUAUGGCUGAGGGUUUUGAGCCCUACCAUGUUCCUCAACAAAGCAGAAGAGAAAAGCUCCGGGUCCUCGCAGGCCAAGCCCACCCGGGUUGUCUUCAACCCGACUCACCUCCUCCGCCUCAUCACCAUCUCCACCCGGGUAAUUGUGCUGCUUCUGGUUUCCUUCCUCUCCCCUACGAUCCUUCCUCCUCCUUCAUCUCCUCCUCAGAUUUGCUCACGUGCGAACCCACCCCAGCUUCCCCCGUGAAGCCAGAAGGUCAAGUGCAUCAUCAUCAUCAUCAUCAUCCCUUGAUGGGUUUUGUUUCCAAUUCCUCUUCCUCUUCCUCAGCCUCUACCUUCCGCAACCAUCUCAAUUACUUGGAUCCACAGCCCUCCUCCAUUAAUUUCCCCAUAAAUCCCACCUCCAUUCACGACAUCAACGCCAACCCUUUUCUCUACCCACCGCAAAACCUCCAAACCCUCAGAGAUUUCGACCACCAAGCCGACUAUGGCCAUGAUCAAGUCGUGGUGUUCAAGCCAGAACCAUUAUCUCUAUCCCUCUCUUCUUCUCAACCCCCCCACCACCACACCCACCAAAACAACAACAACAACAAUCUCCAGAGAUAUGGGGCUUCUGCUGUUAACUACAGUUCACUUAAUUCAGGCGUCAAUGUUGCUUCGGCCUCUAACGAGAACAUUGGGUCCAGAAGCUCGGUUCCUCUCGGACCCUUCACGGGCUACGCUUCGAUUCUGAAGGGAUCUAGAUUCUUGAAGCCCGCGCAGCAGUUGCUAGAAGAGUUCUGCGAUGUGGGCAACCGAGAAAUUUACACUGCCAAAGUACUUGCUGAUUCGUCAUCGUUUUUCGACCCUCCUAGUAUCGAGAGCUUCAGCCCAACUCAUGUCGUCGACGACGACGACGACCCGCUCAGUGUCGGAGGGGACGGAGGUGAGAGCAGGAGAAAAAAAUCCAGGCUAAUUUCCAUGCUCGACGAGGUUUACAGAAGGUACAAGCAAUACUAUCAACAGAUGCAGGCAGUGGUAACAUCAUUUGAGUAUGUUGCUGGGCUUGGAAAUGCAGCUCCCUAUGCAAACUUAGCAAUAAAGGCCAUGACUAGACACUUCAAGUGUUUGAAGAAUGCCAUCACUGACCAACUUCAGUUCAGAAAUAGGGAUGCUACUCAGUUAAGCCAUGGAAAAGAUGAAAGUCAAAUGCUUCGUAACACUAGAGGAUUCUAUAAUCAAAGAUCCAUUCACAACUCCGACUUUGUCGAGCACCAACCUGUUUGGAGACCUCAACGGGGUCUUCCUGAACGUGCCGUUACUGUUCUUAGGGCCUGGUUAUUUGAACACUUCCUGCAUCCUUACCCUACUGAUUCGGAUAAACUAAUGUUGGCUAAACAAACUGGUCUAUCACGGAGCCAGGUUUCAAAUUGGUUUAUUAAUGCAAGAGUAAGGCUCUGGAAACCGAUGGUGGAAGAAAUACACACGCUCGAAACACGGCAAGUGCAAAAAACUUCACAGAGGGGAGAUCAAAGUGCGAACAGGUCAAUUGAUGAUCAUUUACCUUCACCAAACUCCCUUGCAUCUGAGAAUCCAUCCACAACCACCCACCGGGUUCAAGACAGCUUGUCGAAACGCACAAGAAAUGAACUUCCUGAUCACAUCACUAUGGGGAGUAGUACUGAUCAAUUGAACUUAUCAUGCAAUAACUUGCCAAGCCAUAUGCAUGUGGGUCAUGUUGGUAUGAACAUGGCUGGGGGAAGUAGUAGUGGUGUUUCUCUAACACUGGGACUUCACCAAAAUAAUGGUAUUGGUUUGUCAGAACCCUUUCCUAUUAAUGCAGCUCAACGUUUUGGCAUUGGCCUCGAUGGCAACAAUGACGGCUACGCAAUGGGUGGUUUUGAAUCUCAAAAUCGACAUUUCGGAAGGGAUGUCAUGGGAGGGCAACUUUUGCACGAUUUUGUGGGAUGAACAUGUAAGGCAUAUCCGGACAUCAUUGAAUUGGAGAUUAUAUACUAACAAAAUUGCAGUUAGAUGUUCAUUUAUCAAGCCAGAAUCCAAGUUGAAAUUACAAGAGUGGUUUGAAUGGUUGGUUUACCCUAUUAUUGUGGUGUUAGCUAGAGGUAUGUUCAUUUUGUCACAUCCCACUGUAUAUUUUUCUCUUGAAAAUACUCCGGCAAUGCAAAUGUUUGGUGUUAAAUUCAUAUGUAAAUUUUUAUUUAAUUAUAUAUGAUAAGAAAAAUGUGC